UCUGCCACGGCAUCGCCGAGGGCACGGCUACCGAAUUUCUCUCGCUGCCGGCCGGCAUCGACCUCUAAUGGCCAGGGGCGUCGAAGGGAAAGAAGGCCUCGGUGCCAAAAUUAAAAGACGCUGGUCCGAACUCGGAAAACGCGGACGGUACGACCUGUCGCGGAGGCCUUCCAGAGGAUUAGCGACGCUGUGCGGAUCCGCGGAGUCGCCAGAGCCAAGAUUGGCCCAAGGGUUCAGGAUUCACCACGAUACGAAAAGAGAAAGGACCGUCCCCAGAAGGAUAACUUGCAACUUACCCCCGGGUGAACUGGUAUGGUUCGACCCAGGUGUCGGGCAUGUCCUGCCAGGUGAAGUGCUCGAAUACCACAAGCCGGCCCAAGUUCUCACCGUACAAGCUGUCAUCGCUGGCAAGCCGCAAGUCUUUUCCGUAACUUCGCCAAAUGGAGUCAAGAGGCGGCAGGAUCUCGGCCAACUCGGCAUUGAAGACAUGAUACAGUUGUCUGACCUGAAUGAAGCAUCACUACUAUGGAAUCUCAAAAUAAGAUACGACAAAGAACUAAUUUACACCUACACCGGCAGUAUACUCGUGGCCGUGAACCCAUAUCGCAUGUACGAUAUGUACGGUCUAGACAUGGUGAAGAAAUACGAGGGACAAAUCCUCGGGACACUUCCUCCACACCUUUUCGCGAUCGGUUCUGCCGCAUACUCGGCCAUGUCUCGCGGCAACCAGGUGGUGAUCAUAUCCGGCGAAUCCGGGUCUGGCAAAACCGAAUCUACGAAACUCGUCAUGCAGUACUUGGCUGCGGUGAACAGGGCGCCUUCGAAUAUCGUCACAGAGCAGAUCCUGGAAGCUUCGCCGCUCCUCGAGAGCUUCGGCAACGCCAAAACCGCCAGGAACGACAAUUCGUCGAGGUUCGGCAAAUUUCUCGAAGUCCAUUUCAAAGAGGGAGUCAUCCUUGGGGGGAAAGUGACCGAAUACCUCCUGGAGAAAUCAAGGAUAGUAACUCAAGCUCCAGAGGAGAGGAACUACCAUGUGUUCUACGAGCUUCUCGCCGGUCUUACCGAGGAGUCUAAACUGAAAUACGGCCUUCUUUCCGCUGACAAAUACUUUUAUUUGAAUCAAGGGGAAAGUUGCGAGAUCGACGGAAAAUACGAUUCAGAUGAUUUUCAGUCACUCAUGUCUGCUAUGCAAGUGCUGGGUUUUACUUCCGACGAGCAGGACACAAUCUUCAGGAUACUUUCUUCCGUUCUUCACCUCGGGAACGUGUACUUCCACCGAAAACAGCUAAAACACGGACAGGAAGGCGUGGAGAUCGGUUCCGACGCUGAAAUCAGAUGGGCGGGUCACUUGCUGCAAAUAAGCGUCGACGGUAUUAAAAUGGCCCUUACCACGAAAACGACUGAAGCAAGAAAUGAAAGACUGCUGACAGCAUUAACUAUUGACCAAGCACUGGAUGCCAGAGAUGCAUUUGCUAAAGCAUUGUACAGUUCGUUAUUCGCAUGGCUUGUUGCUCGGAUCAACCACAUUGUUUACAAAGGGACAAAGCGUACAACUGCUAUUUCUAUCUUGGAUAUAUUUGGAUUCGAAGAUUUCAAGGAAAACAGUUUUGAGCAGCUGUGUAUAAAUUAUGCAAAUGAGCACUUGCAAUGUUACUUCAACAAACACAUAUUCAAGUUGGAACAACAGGAAUAUGCCAAAGAGAAGAUACAAUGGCAAAACAUCACCUAUACUGACAACCUGCCUGUAAUUCACCUACUUUCAAAGAAACCAGUUGGUAUCCUUCAUCUCCUGGAUGAUGAAUCAAACUUCCCUCGUGCAACAGAUGUGUCUUUCCUUGAAAAGUGCCACUAUAAUCAUGCCUUAAACGAGCUGUACUCUCGUCCUAGGCUGAACGGUCCUGAAUUCGGGGUCAAACAUUUUGCAGGAUCUGUCUGGUACAAUGUAGAAGGGUUUUUGGACAAAAAUCGCGACACACUAAGAACAGACGUUGUUGAUCUUCUUAUCUCAAGUUCAAUUCCCAUGGUGAGCAAAAUGUUCGAAGCUGUUAGAAGCAGCCAAGAAAUGAACAAAACAUUAAAUAAGACUAAUGGAAGGUUUGUCACCAUGAAACCAAGAACACCUACAGUCGCAGCCAGGUUUCAUGACUCUCUACAGCAUCUGAUGGAAACUAUGUCAAAAUGCCAUCCAUGGUUUGUCCGUUGUAUCAAACCUAACAAUGAAAAAGCAGCAAUGAAAUUUGAUAUGCCUAUAGUGUUAGAACAGCUCAGGUAUUGUGGAAUGCUUGAAACAAUUAAAAUCAGAAAAAUGGGCUACCCAGUGAGAAUGAGGUUUCUUGAGUUCGCCCAAAGGUAUAGAUACUUACUGAAGAAAAAACUACCAUUAAAAUCAACACCAACGAGAGAGAUUUGUAGCAUAAUGCUACAACCAUAUGCUGGAAAUUAUCAAAUAGGGUGCAGUCGAGUGUUUAUGAGAGAAAAUUUGGAGAGGAAACUCGAAAGGGAAAGACAUGAUAUCUUGAAUAAAGCUGCAGUUACUGUUCAGUGUGCAAUGAGAGGACAUUUGGCAAGACGCAAGUAUCAAGCGUCUAAAAAAAGCGCUAUCAUUAUUCAGUCUGCUGUACGAGGAUGGGCUGCCAGAAAGAAAUUUUUGAUGGUAAGGCAAGGUGUUGUCAAAGCACAGGCGGUCCACAGAGGGAAUCUUCAAAGAAAAAAAUAUGCACAAUUAAAAGAAGAAUUGAAAAGAAGAUCAGAAUUGGCUAAGGAAAGGGCGAGGAUUAAAGCUCAACGAGAACAAGAGGAAAAGGAGGAAAAAGAAAAAGUGUCGAGGGCUGUUGCUGGUGUUGCUCAUUUAGACAUUCCAGCAGAAUUAGCAUUUGUCUUCAACAAGCUUGAUGACUGGCAGCCUGUUCACACUGAGAGACAACUGGUGAAAGUUGUGGGCCAUAUCGUAGAAAAAGAAGACAAAUUUGUUUUGCCCAGUGAUGUUGAUCAGUACCCUUUCUCUAAGUUUACUAAUGUGUAUUUUAAGUCUCAUGUGUGGGGAAUGAAAAGAGAACCAAUCAAAACCCCGCUACUUACGAAGGCUUUAGACAGUGAUUUCUCUGAAUCGCUUGCAAUUUUCAAAUUAAUAUUGCGAUUCAUGAAUGAUGAUUCACUCUCUGGUAAAAAGGAACAAGCACUUGCAGAUUACAUCGCUUACAAAGGAUUAUCAAAUGAGAAACUUAGGGAUGAAAUCCUUUGUCAACUUGUAAACCAAACAUGGCGUAAUGAUGUCGCAGCAAAUAACGAAAGAGGAUGGCUUUUGUUGGCCAAUUGUUUGUCGGUCUUUCCACCUUCCCAGACCCUGUUUAAGUUUCUCCUUAAGUACGUGUCAGACCAUGGGUACAACGGUUACAAAUACGUAUGCCAGAGGAAACUGCUAGAGUCGCAAAACCAAUGGCCGAGGUCGCACACUCCGUCCCUUUUGGAAUGGAGGGCAAACCGAAAAAGAGUCAAUAUGGCUCUUCAGCUACAUUUCUCAGACGGUGAAACAGUAAUGACGGCAGUCGACUCUUGGACUCACUGUGAGUCAGCCUGCCGUCAAGCUUUGACUGAAAGGUCCAUUUUAGAAAACAACGGGUGGACUGUUUCAUUAGAUAACACCGAAUCAUCAGGAAUUGAUUACAUCUUCGAUGCCAUAUCAGUACUUGAAUUACCACCUGCUUUUCCCACACACAAAACAGUGCCUGUUCUAUUUUCAAAAGAUUCAGAACCAAUUCCAGUGGCCAGAAGACCUACAGUACCUCCACCUCAGCCUCCUACAUCACAGCCUAUUGUGCCAAAAGUUAGAUCUGUUUCAAGGGAUCAUACUACAGAAUCUGGACUAUCACGUAAAUCUGCUCUCAACGAUCGUUACUUUGAUAAGCCCGGACGUUCAAGAUCACUUGACAAUCUACUAUCUCCAGUCAUAACAAACAAUGUCAAGCAAACAUCAAAGCUGGACAAUCUAGGGUUGAGCCAUAGCAGAUUGAAUGAUAGGUACCAUUCAAUGGAAAGAAUCGAAGAGUCAGAUCAAGUAGCCUCCACGGACAAAAAUGAAGAAGACAAUAUGGAAUCGGUUAGCCAGAGAGGAGAUAAUAGAAAAUACAGCCUCACUGGAGCUUCUUCUGAUGUCCUAUUAUCUGACAACCAAUUAGAGUUCGAUUUCCAGGAGGUGGCCACAAGAAGUGAAGAUGAUAGAGGAAGUUAUAUCCGCGGACAUCCUAGAUUUAUAAAAUCUCAGUACACUGGUAAGAAAGCAGCUCCUGGAUCACAUUCAAGCAGAGCUCAUAUUGAAGGACGAUUUGGAGACAAAUCUGAUGUUAAAAGUUCAGCGUUGUCUGAUACAAGUGAAGCUCCUUCACUUGCAUCUCAUGUAAGGCGCGUUAGGGUUCCUUCUCAGGCUAGUGAUGUAGACCAGUUUCUCGAUGAUUUAUUUAAUCCAGUAUUAGAUGGGUUAUCGGAUGCUAGGUCUUUAGCACCAUCUACCAGAGGAGGCACUAUCAGGUCUCAAGAUGAUUAUUUGAAUGAUAUUUAUGACCCACUGUUCAAAGAGGCUCACUUAGAUUCUUCAAAGUUGGCUCAGUCGAUUAAAGGAGGUGGUAAAGGAGUUGGAGGUGUGGGAACCCAACAGAACACAAAUCCGAAUCAACAUCCAACAUCAAAUGGAUACAACUUGUCACCAAUAGUUGGCUCGCCGCCGCCAGUGAUCCCGGGAAUGGCACCUCUCAUGAUGUCACCUCUUCCUGUCUUCAAUCCUACGGCAAAUGGAAAUUCUCCUUCUUUUCCUGGUGGAUACUCAGCGGAUGCAACUUCCAUGGGAAAUUUUAUGCCGGUACCAUUGUACAACAUGCAAGGUAUUGCUCUACCUACACAAGGGAAUUCGACUGAUCCAAAUAUAAUGGCUUACCAGGCAAACCUACAACGAGCUUUCUUGCAAUCUGCCAUGGCACAGAAUCUUCAAAUCCAACAGCAACUUCUGGCUCAAAACCAAGCCCUUCAGCAGCUUUUACAACAGCCACAGCCAGCGCAAAACGGAACAUCAGAAAUAGGACAAGGAUGGGCAAAUGAGUCACCCCCUAAAACCAAAUCAUCCCCGAUGACGACAAAAGCACAAGUACACCGUUCUGGCUCCCCACACCAAACUUUCACCACGGUCCUCUCAGAGCUGAAAACUAGGAAACCCUCGACUGAUUUACCCACGAAGAGUAAUGUUCCACCACCACCACCACUUCCUCCGCCACCAGAACAAGGAGAUCCAAGUGACGUAAGGCCGUUUAUGGACCCUUAUGGGAGGGCAAAAACGGUGAGGAUUGGCAAAUGGAGGUGGCCUCCGCCAAAAGAUCAAGAUUCCCCUGACACCCCUUCCUUUUUCCAAUUCAAGAUGAAACAAAGGAGAAAACAUUCACAGGAUGUAAAUGAACAAGAUGGAGGAGGUGGAGUUGAAUGGGAAGAGUUUGAAAUUCAAGACCUACCAGUGAAUAAUCACAAUCAGAAUCAUAGUCAGAACUACAACCACAACCACCAACAUCAUCAACCCAAACAAGAGCAAAAUCAGAAAGUGCAAAACUCGCUCAAGACAUUUGAGAUUGGUGCACAGAGACCAUCGCCAGGCAGUGUGGGCAAAUUGAGGAUUAGCAAUGAAAUGAAGCACAAAUUAGAAAUGGUUACUGCUAAUCACAGCCUGAGGUCUACCAGUUCAAGAGCACCACCACCGCCACUGCCCAACAUGAACCCUCCUGCUAAACUCGACUCUGACCGAAGAAACCUUCUUCAGCAUCAGCUAGCUGGACGUUGGGGAAGUAUAGACAGCGUGGAUACAAGAACUGCAACAAAAGAUGAUAGAAACGUUCAAGCCUCUGAAGGAAGACCUCAGGUGGACAAAGCACCAACUUGGCGACCACCGCCUCCUCCUGUUGCCCCUCAUCCUUUGACCCCUUCAAGGACGAGUAGUUUAUAUUCUCAUAGCCAUGGAAACAAUCCUCCACCAGCACCUAUUGAGCCGAUAAGGAGGGAAAUUUUUAAAGACCAGCAAAUAUUUAACGAUCAGGUCACAACUCCUCAUUCUGAUCAGAUUGAAAUUGAAGAAAGUGGCGAGUUUUUAGGAGUUGUCGAUUCCCUGCCGGUAUUGCCGACCCCGCCUGAGAUCAACACCAACACGAAAAUCCACCCUCCACCAUCAGCUGCUUUCUUCACAUACAACCGAGUUUCUUGGAAGCUCAAUGUUAGAAAGGAGGUGUUCUCUCCAAAAGAAACCGUUUCAAACCCACUAGUCCUCCACUUGGUCUAUUGUCAGGUUGUAAAAGACUCUUUGACCAAGCAGACACCACGGAUAAGCAAGGACGAAAGAGCCGACAUGGUCCAGCUUUUGGAACAUUUCGGAGUAACAAUAACCAACUAUCAAACUGGACAGCAUAAAGCAAAUACUAAAAGAGCUGUUGUAGAUAUGGCCAGGCGUUGGCAAAUUUAUUUUUCAAGAAUAUUUCCUCUAUCUGGAGGGCAUCAGUUUCCCGAAGCUCAAAUGGUUGCUGUAAACCAUGUUGCCUUAAGGCUUGCCAAACUGGACUCAAACUAUCUUAGAGUUGUACACAGCAUUAAGCUUAACGAGAUUGCUGACACUAGUUUGAGCAAAGGAGGAGGCUCUCUACACAUUGUCCUCAGCUCUGGAGAAAGAUUCCCAUUGUAUACAUUCCGAGCGAAACAGUUGCAGCUUCUGAUAAACGCUUUUGUGAGAGAAGCCGCUGACACUGCAAACACAACAAUAAACCGAGAAUUGCACCAAGCAAGAAUAAUUGAGGAACGCAACAGGCCGAUGGAUCAUAAAGGCUGGCAACAAGAUAUUAGAGUAAUGACACCACCGUCCACUUCGAAUAACCACCAUACACCAACAGUUGCUGAUGAUGGGAAACAUUCCCUACUCCAAUUUGCCAUACAUCAUUUUAGAAAAAGCCCUGAAAAGUUUGAAAUGUUGAAGACUCCUGAGGGAAAUAUAACUGGGUCACUAAAGGUAGUUCAAGGGCAUAAAAAAGGAAGCAACUGGACAUGGAAAGAACAGGUCGACUUAGUGAAGUACACACCAACACCAAUCACCGAAUCUCUGCUCAAAUUAAGUCCUGAGUUAAAUCAACUUGCAAUUGAGUGCUUUGAGUGUGCAAUGAGAUACAUGGGUGAUUUGCCCAUCACUCCAGACCUGACAGAAGUCAAAUGUGUUUACACAAUUUUAAUGCAUUGCCACAAACACGUGCCAUUACGAGAUGAGGUUUAUUGUCAAUUAAUGAAGCAGACGACAUCGAACAAACGGGACUCGGCUCAGAGAGGAUGGCGUCUUCUUAGCAUCGUAGCUGCAUACUUCACUUGCUCUGACACUUUAAAACCAUAUCUCGUGAAAUAUUUAGAAACUGCUGCUUAUGACAAGAGAAGAGCUUAUCACGGUACUGCAAGUGUAUGCUUACAAAAUCUCAGAAAAACGCUUAGAUACGGUGGAAGAAAAAACGUUCCAAGCGUAGAAGAAGUCACAGCAGUCAGUGCAGGGCGUAACUCAAAGAGACAGAUGUAUAGGUUGCCUGGCGGGAGUGAAACAGUCAUCCAUACCAAAUCAACGACUGUAGUUCAUGAUGUAAUCCAUGAAAUGUGCACCCUUAUUGGAAUAGACGACCACAUGGAGAUCCAAGAGUAUUCUCUUUACUGCAUAGUCGAAGGAGAUGCUUUCACAAUGCCUCUUGCAAGAGAAGAGUAUAUUUUAGAUGUUACCACAGAAUUGUACAAGAACCAACAGGUGUUCUAUCUUAUUUUCUGUAGAUCUGUAUGGCAUUUUCCAUUGCGACUUGAGAAUCAUUUAUACGUACAAGUCAUUUUUAACCAAAUCGCCCCUGACUACCUUGAAGGUCUCCUUCUUGUCACUCCAAAUGAACAUAUCCCUCAAGAGACUAUCUUUGAAAUCGGAAAACUUGGUGCACUUCUCCAUAGAGCAGCAGACAUGACCCACCCACCAGGUACAAAAGAGACUAAAUUCCUUCUCCCGAAGACUGUCCUUGGUUACAGAGAGACCAGACCAGCCGACUGGGUCCAGAUGGUUCAGCAAGCUUGGACAAAUGUGCAGAACAUGACAAGCUUAGAAGCCAAAUCUAUGCUGUUAGAGUUAUUAAGUAAAUGGCCAUUGUUUGGAUCGAGCUUCUUUGCAGUGAAACGCAGCGGGGAUCAACAAAUACUUGCACUGAACAGAACAGGAGUGCAUUUUAUUCAUAUCAUAACACAUGAAACAGUUUCAACAAUUCCAUAUGUCGAAAUCAUCUCAACUAGAAAAAUUAGGUCAGACAGCGGCACAAUAUUUCUUGAACUCAAACUUGGAAAUUUGUUUCAGCAACGAGUCGCCAGACUGCAAACUGACCAAGCACAUGAGAUUGCAAGGCUUAUUCGACAAUAUAUGUCCCUCCAUAGGCAAAGAAUUUCAUCCGAACAUUGAAUCCAGUAUAUAGAAUCCCUGCCACUUGCUCAUUAGUUAACUUUACAUUAGAUUUAAUAUUAGUAUUCAACUAUUUCUAAAUAUAUUUUUGGUUAUUUAUUUA